AUGCCAUCAGUACACGCUGAGCAAUGUAAAAAAGAAAGAUCCAAAGUGAAAAUACGGUGGUGAGCUCUUUGUGCAGGUAUCGAUGAAGCUCCGGGUGUCGACCAGGCUCUGGGUGUCGACCAGGCUCUGGGUGUAGGUGAAGCUCUCGUUGUUGGUGCAGCUUUCGGUGUUGGUGCAGCUCUCGGUGUUGGUGUACCUGUCUUUGGUGGUAUUGGUAAAGCUCUGUGUAGUGGAAUGGGUGAAGCUCUGUGUGGUGGAAUUGGUGAAAAACUCGGUGUUGGCGGUAUUGGUGCUGAAGCCCACCAAAUUAUUUCAUUUUGGUACUUCAUUUUCAAAAAGCAACACGAUGUCAAGCGCACAAUACCAUCAGUAUGAACAGGAUCAAGGUAGCAACAAGUCCCUUAAUUCACUCAAGCUGCUAGACCAUUUAGUCUAUUUGCUGGAAGAAAUUCCAUUCGAUGAAUUCAAUUCCACACUAUGGGUAACAAAUGUUGACAAUCUGGACCAAAGGUCACAGACGUUUUUAAAUGUCGCAAGAUACACGCUCUGCUCCUUCCAUCUGAUAACGAAGACAAUACCUGAACAUGCCAACAACCAUGAAAGAACGUACUUCAUUGAGAACGUAAUUCCAUCCAUGCUGUCUUUGGCCAAGAAUACAGGCUUUAUUGAAUUCAAGUGGUGUGAGACUGAGUUUCGCUCAACUAAGACCAUGAAUAUGGCAGAGUAUGAUUACGAUCUCCGUGCUGCUCCCCCCAGCAAAUAUAUUGAUGCUUUGGGAAUACUUGGGGGGUCUACUUUUUUUGCUGCCCGAUAAUUAUCGUCCAUGGAUUUUCUUCACCGAAAAUCAUGGUCCGUCCCGGAAUUUUUGGCUGGGAGAAAAAUUCCGGAAAUGAUUUUUUUGAAUGUUUGGGACUCCUUAAUGUCUGGGACUCCUUAAUGUCUGCACAAAAUAAUAUGGAGUUAAUUGUCAUUGAAUCAUCAAG